ACUUUCAACAACUUCCCCUGCCCUGGCAGCCAUGCAGGCGCGCGUUUUUGCCGCCUGCACUCUGGGGCGGCCGGCUGUUGCGUGCAGAGGGCCUGGCCGUCGGCUCAGAUCGUUGCGAUCGCGGCUUGUCUCGCCACAUGCGCUACCGGAGCAGCUCGGCCAGCUGGCCAGGGACUGGUUGGCCCAGGAUGGCGACCCGGCAACGCGGCGGCAGAUAGAGCAGCUGGUGGAGGCUGGCGAUGCCGUAACGCUGGAGGACAUGCUUGGGCAGCGCCUUGAAUUCGGCACCGCGGGGCUCCGAGGGUUGAUGGGGCCGGGAUACAACAGGCAGGGAACCAACCGCUGGCUACAGACGACACAAGGUUUGCUGCGGUACCUGCGGGAGCAGGAGCCGCAGCGGCUGCAGGCGAGCGGCAUCGUCAUCGGCUUUGACGGGCGCCACCACAGCCGCGAGUUUGCCACGAUUGCGGCGGCAUGCGCUGUGGCGGCGGGGGUGCCCGUCUGGCUGUUCAGCGAGCUGGUGCCCACGCCCUUUGUGCCCGCCGCCGUGCAGCAGCUGGGCUGUGCCGGCGGGGUCAUGGUGACGGCCAGCCACAAUCCCAAGCAAUACAAUGGAUACAAAGUUUAUUGGACGAACACUUGCCAAAUCAUCCCGCCCCACGACGCCGGCAUUGCGGCGGCAAUAGAGCGGGAGCUGGGGCUGUGGGAGCUGCCCCCGCUGGAGAGCAUCAGCUAUGGGCAUCCCCUGGUGCGGGAUCCGCUGCAGCAGGUGGCUGAUGAGUACUACAGCCAGCUGAGGCGGCACCUAUGGUACCGCGGUGCCGAGGCCAAUGCGUCGGCGCCCGCGGUAGCCUACACCGCGCUGCACGGCGUGGGCACGCCCUGGCUGCUGCGAGCGUUCCGGGAGUUUGGGCUGCCGGCCCCCAUCCUGGUGCAGCAGCACACCAAUGCUUUAAACCAAUGCCGCCACGCUGUGACGCGCCGUGCGCCUUGCUGCCCUGCAGUGUCCUUUCCCAACCCCGAGGAGGGCGAGGGUGCUUGGCUGCUGACGUUCCAGGCAGCAGAGGCGGCAGGCGCCCAGCUGGCGUUUGCCAACGACCCCGAUGCCGACCGGUUUGCGGUGGCCGAGCGGGGCCAGCAGACAGGUCAGUGGCGGGCAUUCACGGGGAAUGAGAUAGGCGCGAUGCUGGCCGAGUGGGUUCUGCGCAACUACCGGCAGCGGUAUGGGCGGCAGCCGGGGGAGCGGCUGGCUGUGCUGUCCAGCACCGUCAGCAGCCGCAUGCUGGAGGCCAUUGCGCGGAAGGAGGGCAUCCAUUGGGCGGAGACGCUGACAGGCAAGCUGCAUUGGCUGGGCAAUGAGGCGCUCAAGCUGGAGGCCCAGGGGAUGACUGUUCUGUUUGCGUUCGAGGAGGCAAUCGGCUUCAUGAUGGGCCAGGUCGAGCACGACAAGGACGGCAUUUCGGCGGCAGCGGUGUGCGCUGAGCUGGCGGCUGACGUCUACGCCCAGGGCCAGACCCUGUCCCAGCACUGGCACCAGCUGCAGCGGCGGUACGGCACCUAUGAGUACCGCUCCGGCUACUUCAUUGCCAGCCCCGCCAGCAAGAGUGCAGCUGUGUUUGAGCGGCUGCGCGCCCAGGUCCCCGCCACCAUUGCCGGCUGCGCGGUGCGGGCGGUGCGGGAUCUGGGCACAGGAGUAGACACCGAGCAGCCUGAUGGGCGGGCGGUGCUGCCGUGGCAGCCGGGAGACAUGAUGAUCACGUACAGCCUGGACCAUGCGCGCAUCACAGUGCGCGCCAGCGGAACAGAGCCUAAGUGUAAGUGGUAUUCAGAGGCUUACGGACAGGAGGGGGCGCGCUCGCUGGCGGAUCGGCUGGAGGCGGCGGUGGCAGCCGAGCUGGUGCAGCCUGAGGCGCACGGCCUCACCCGCCCUACGCUGACAGCCGCAUGAUUGGACUGUGAACUCAAAUCUCAGUCGGUGAUGCCGAUGGGAGCCUUGUGAGAAUGCGGCACAGCUGGGAGUGCGGUAGGGCGCUGGCGCCGCCCAUCUGGCGGCGACAGGCCAAGCACAAUUGUCAGCUUUGCCAAGUGCGCCAUUGUGUUGAUCUAAGACAAACAUGACGUUGUUGUACGUGGAGCGC